AUGAUGAAUUUUACUAGAAUUGAGAAUGCAAGUUAGUGUUUUUACGCAGUUUAUUUUAAAUUUCACUUAAUAUAUGUGUAUUAAGAAAGCGUUUAUUUAUAUUAGACUAUAUCCUACAAAUGCAUUACCAUUAAAUAUAUCAGUUUAGCUUAUAUCAAUAUAUAUAAAGUCUUAUAUAUACCGCGUUAUCGAUAAUUGCUUGGUUUGCGGUUUUGAAUUGACACGAACUAUACAAUAUAUAUUAUAUCAGGGAAAUUCAGCAGUGUGCCCAGAAGUGUAUCCUAAAACAUAUAUCUAGUUAAUUCACGAUGUCGGACCAAAUCGAUGAAUACUUUGACGCAGCUCUUGAUUUAGUUAAAUCAGCAGGAAACCUUAUAAUAGAGUUUAGAAAUGGUUGCAAAGCCUAUGAACAGAAAUCCAGCGAUAUCGAUCUUGUCACCGAAGUGGAUAAAAAUGUUGAAAAGACUCUAAUGGAUGGUUUAUCAAAACAGUUUCCUACUCAUAAGUUUAUUGGAGAAGAAACAGUAUCUGAAGGAGGUCAGUGUGUUCUCAGUGACGACCCGACGUGGAUUAUUGACCCUGUAGAUGGCACACUAAACUUCAUUCAUGGUUAUCCCCAAAGUUGCAUAUCUGUUGGUCUAGCUAUAAACAAAGAAUGUGUCGCUGGCGUUAUUUAUAACCCAGUCCUUGACCUAUUAUUUACUGCUAAAAAAGGUAAUGGUGCAUUUUUAAAUAAAAAGCCUAUACAUGUAUCUCAAACUAAAGAAUUUAGUAAAGCAUUGAUAUCAUUUGAAGCAGGCACCUCUCGGGAUCCUGAAAGAUUGAGAGUUAUGUUUGAAAAUUUUAGAACUCUAGUAGAGAAGGGACAUGGUGUCAGAACAAUAGGCUCUGCUGCUAUGAACAUGGCAAAUGUGGCAUUAGGAGGGAGUGAUGCAUACUUUGAAUUUGGUAUUCAUGCUUGGGACAUAGCUGCGGGAGAUAUUAUUGUUCGUGAAGCAGGUGGAGUUUGCAUUGAUCCAGCAGGAGGGCCUCUAGACCUCUUGUCGCGUAGGGUAUUAUGUGCUGCAACUGCUGACCUUGCUCAAGAACUAAGCAAGUCUCUACAGCAAUAUUACCCUGAGAGAGAUUAAUCUGGUUGAUACUAUAUUUUAUAUUACUUAAAGAUCUAUUGUAAUGUAUAACAUACAUGAUCUGUAUUUAUGCUAAAUGUUUAUAUAGUCUGAGUAUAUAUUGAUUGCUAUGAUAUAGCAUGUGAAUAUUUAUUAAAUAUUUUAAUUUGAUCAUAAAUAUAUAGUAUGUAGAUUUACCAAAUGUGUAAAUGUGAUGAACCAAAAGUAGAAUAUAAAAAUACAGUGUUUUAUUGUAUUAUUUUUAUUUAAAAUACUUAUAUGUCUAAGUUUCUAGAUAAAUAUAUGUCUAUGUA